AUGAUCGAGGAGGACGAAGAUGAAGACGAAGAGGAGGAGAAGAUGGCGCUCCUGGGUCCGCGCUACUCGGACAAGCAGCUCCGUAUGUUCGAGCGACGGGGUCUCUACCUCGGCGUCGCCCUCUUCCAGUCCAUCUGGAUCAGCGGCACCGUCUACGGCUGGCCCGCGUUCCUCCUCAUGCUCCGCGCCGAGCACCUCUACGCCAACCGCUGCGGCACCGACGAGCUCAUCGAGCACCACCCACCAAGCCAGGGCAACAACACCACCAUCGAAGAAGGCAUCGAGUGCCCAGAGCAAGAGAUUCUCUUCAACCGGAUAGCGACGUCGGGCAUUUCGAGCCUCUUGAUUUCGCUGUUUGUGAUGGGACUCUGCCUCGACCGAUUCGGACCCAGGAUCACAGCGGAAUCCCUAUUUAUUGGCUACGCCUUUGUACUCCUCUUCAUCGGCGUCUCCUGCUUCUUCCUCUGGCCCGAUAAGGCCUUCCAACCCAUGACGGACAACAAUGUACAGAACAAACUUGAACGCAGCGAUAGCGAAGACAGCAUGGAACCCUUUGAAGAGAUGGAAACGGAGGAGGAGCGAAGGAAGCGCAUGGCGCAGGAGCGGAUCGCGGAGCUGAAGUGCCGAUCGUUCUGGCAGCAGCUGUUCUCGGCCCCGUGGUGGGUCAACGCCGUCUUCACGGCCGUCAACAUCUUCGGCCUCCAGUACUACAUCAGCACCGGACCCGACCAACUCCUCCGCAUGGGCGACUACGACGCCACGUACACGGUGCUGCUCAACGUGAUCACGCCGCUGGGCGCGCUGGGCAUUCCCAUCUACGGUUGGCUGAUGGACAAGAAGGGCUUCGCCCUCUCCUACGCCGUCAUCAACCUCCUCGGCAUCGGCAUCAACGUGUUGGCGUUGAUCCCGGUGCUCCCGCUUCAGAUCGUGACCUUCGCCUUCUGGGCGGCCUACCGGCUGCUGGGCUUCUCGGCCUGCUACGCAUUCGUCGCUAAAGUGUUUGGCGAUACCAAUUUUGGCACCCUCAACGGCUUGACUCUAUCAAGCACCGGCAUUAUCAACUUUUCUCAGAUCUUGAUCACGAAGAUGGUGGUGGAGCACUGGGGCGGGAGCUUCUUCUACCCCAACGUGGGGUUCAUACUGGCGCGGCUGCCCCUGUUCUGGGUCUCCUACUACUUCUGGCAGCUCGGCGUCUGA